ACGGCUUUUAAGACUGGGAAACAGGGCACCAGGCUGGGCUUUGGAAAUCUCGGCAGAAGCCUGCGUGCGGCAGCAGCCCGCGCGGCCGAGAACGGAAGCGACGCCCCGCCCCGCUCAGCGCCCCGGGCCGCCCGGUGCAGGCGCCUGUGGGCGGUAUCCUCGGCGACGUCGUGUGGCGGCCAGGGCGAGGCCAUGUACCGGGUGCCCGAGUUUUAUGCGAGGAGGAAGCGGUUAGGUGGGCAGACGCCUUACUUAAUGGAUCAGUUGGGAUUGCGAUUAGGGAUGUGGUACUGGAAAGAUGAAACCAGAACUCUUGAAUUCAGAAGGUUUGCCACAGAAGAUUCUGUCCAGUGGCUCCUGAAACAUCACCCUCAUUUUACACCUGCAGUAGAAGUCAAGGAAAAAGGAAAGAAAGGCAAAGCAGUUCACUUUGCAGAAAUUGAUGGUCCAGCUUCAGACAGGUUGACAGAUAAAAGACUUGCUGCAAGAGAUGAUAAGUCAGCUAAAACUUUAGAGAAACGAGGUCAGCAGGGCACCAUUACACUGGAUGAUGUUAAAUUUGUUACUUUGCUUUUGCUACAAGAUACUGAGAUGCAGCGGAUCUGUUCUUUUACAACAUUUAUGAGGAAUAAGAAUCUUGAUAAUUUCCUUAUGGCAUUAUUGUACUACUUAGCUCGUUACUUGGAAAAAAACUCACUGGAAAAGAAACCCAAAAGCUAUAUGGUAGGCCUUGUAGAGAAAAAAGAAAUGGAAUUGGUUUUAAGUGAAUUAGAAGCGGCACAGAGGUACUUGGCGCAGAAGUACUGUAUCCUUGUGCUGGGCUUGGCAAUGCCGGAUAAGCAUCACAUGUGCUGUGGAAAGGAGAAAAUAUCAGAUACACAGAAAGACUGGAAGUUCUUUGAGUCCUUUUACACUUUCUGUACAUAUGUGGCUUGGAUUGUCUUCCGACGUCAACACUUGACAGAGAUUGAAGAAGAAGUAGGGAGACUCUUUCGUACCAAUAUGUUCAACAUUCCUCGCAGGAGGCGUGAAGAUGAGGAAUCAGGAGGGGAAAAGAAACGCAUGACUUUUGUUCAGUUUAGGAGAAUGAUGGCAAAACGCCCAGCAAUUAAAAAAGCCAUCAACAUGCGUUCUCCAGUCAUGUCUACUGUGCUGCCAUCUCUCAGAGAAAAAGCUCAAAACGUCUUUGAGAAAAAGUAUCAUCAAGUAGACGUCAGAUUCCCAGCUGAGAUGCAAAAGCAUGUGGGAGCUUUGGACUCUGUGUCCAUGCCAGUAGUUGGCAUCUUGGGGGAGCCUCGAUGUCUAUUCAACCCCCAUACGCUUCACCCCCUUGAUCCAGAAGAAAACACAAAAUCAUUUGAGAGACAUCCUUCCCUGAUGGAAACAAAUAACAUAAGGAUUCAGGAUACACUGGACUUGGUCAUGAAGACACUGUCCUCUCAAACAUCAUGCCCUAAGUAACCUGGUACAUUCCAUUUCUGUGAUAAGUCCCUGUAUCUCAAGUAAACUACUUUGACUUUAUA